AUGUUCACCAAAGUAAUCUCUUUGAGCGCUGUAUUAGCAGUGGCCGCGGCUGGGCUCUUGGUGGAGCCUCACUACUCUUCAGCUGCUGCUGUCUCGUCACAAAGCAUUGUGCAUCACGACCAGCCCCACGUUGCGGUUGCAGCUCAUGUAGGUUACCAUGCCGCACCUGUUGCAUACCACGCUGCACCUGUGGCCUACCAGGCUUCUCCCGUGCACUACUCUUCCGCCGCCGCAGUAUCUUCGCAAAGCAUCCAACGUCAUGAUCAGCCUCAAGCCACUGUUGCCCACUACGCUGCUACUCCUGUGACCCAUUACGCCACUGCCCCUGUUGCUCACUACGCUGCGGCACCCGUUGCCCACUACGCUGCUGCACCUGUAGCCCACUACGCAGCACCUGCUCACAGACUCGUGUCCGCCCAUGAUGAGGAGGAAUACGCUCACCCCAAAUACGACUUCUCAUACUCCGUAGCCGACGGUCACACCGGCGACAACAAGUCUCAACACGAGAGCCGCGACGGUGACGCCGUGCACGGCGAGUACUCUCUGCUCGAAGCUGACGGCUCUGUGCGCACAGUCCAAUACACCGCUGAUGCCCACAACGGUUUCAACGCUGUGGUCAGCAACUCCGCCCGUGCCGAACACGCCACUCAUGCGCCAGCGCAUAUCCUCGCACACCAUUGA